AUGGCCGCUCAGAUCACCGAGUUGAACAAUGGCCGAACUGAAAAUAACAACAUUCGUCAGCCUCAGCCAGAGGAUGCCGAACAUCAUUCAAACCCCACUCAUGUAUCUGAGACCAUUCAAGUCGAGGAUGCCCAGCCGGAGGACGAGAAUGAGGAACCAGACGAACUCGUAGGCCCUUUCAUGUCAGACGUGAUGAAUUUCGAAUUACCACGACGAUUCACUUUACCAUUGACCCUCACACCUUAUGAUGGACUCGGAAACCCAAAAAAGUUCAUCAAGAAAUUCCGAACAAUAAUGAUCGUCAAUAGUGCAUCUGAUCCUGUUUUGUGUCGUUGUUUUCCAAAUUAUUUAGACGGUUCUGCACUUGAUUGGCUUUGUGCUUUGCCUGCAGGUUCAAUUUCGCGAUUCCAACAGCUGGCUAAGCUAUUUGAGGACCACUUUGCUGGCUCCGCAAUUUAUCUGCAUGACUCAAAUUAUCUAAAUACAAUUAAGCAAGGACAAAAUGAGAGCCUGAAAGACAAUAUGACUCGUUUUACGAAGGUCACCAUAAGCAUACCUGAUCUCCACCCUGAAGUUCACCUUCAUGCCAUCAAAAACGGACUUCGACCUGGGAAAUUCCAAGAGACGAUCGUCGUAUCUAAACCAAAAACACUCGCCGAGUUCCGAGAGAAAGCAAAAGGCCAGAUUGAUAUUGAGGAGCUAAGACAAGCUCGGAAGUCCGACAAAACAAACUACAAAGACGAGGAAAAAGUGCAUAACAGUAAGAAAAAUUUUAAACUAAACCCUCGUUUUAACUCUUAUACACAGUUCAACGCUAAACGGGAGGAUAUAAUCAAAGAGAUCCUGAACUCCAAAUUAAUCAAACCACUAAGAAAGGCGGGGACAUAUGAGGAUACAAAACACGUCGACAAAUCUAAGUACUGCGCCUUCCAUCAGAAGCACGGCCACACAACCGACGAAUGUGUCGUCGUAAAAGACCCCUUGGAACGGUUGGCUCGGCAAGGGCACCUUGACAAGUAUAUUGGAGGACACAUUCAAAAACGUACUCCAACCUCAGCAGGCAAUACUCCAUCCGAACAACCAAGCUGA